AUGGCGGAAUCUACCUUCUCUCUCGUACCAGAAGACGUUGUUUUCAACAUCUUCUUCAAGCUCCAAGAUGAUCCGAGAAGCUGGGCUCGUCUCGCCUGCGUCUGCACCAAAUUCUCAUCAAUCGUACGGAACGUCUGCUGGAAAUCGCAGUGCUAUUCCGCAAUCCCCACCGUCAUCUCUGAUCUCCUCCUCCCUCCCCCCUCCGCCGCCUCAGCUUCUUCAUCUUCAGCCGCCGAGGAUUCGUCUCCUCCUCCUCCCGGCGGUUGGGCUUCUCUCUACAAACUCGCCGUCUGCUGCCCUGGCCUCUUCCACGCCGGGAUUCUCCUCGAAAACUCCGAUUUCGGUCUAGAACGUGAGCUCGGCCCCGAUCAAAGUCACCAGAGACUCAAUCCGAAACCUCAUUCGACAGAUCCGGCUCGCGACGAAGGCGAAGUUUCGAAACCAAUCGGAUCUGGUUUAGAGACGUCUUCGUUUUGGUCUCUAUACGACGAUCUCUACUCCGACACUCUUUCUGCUCCUCCCGAAGUCGAAGAAUCCGUCGACGUAGAAGAAGAAACCGAGACCAGCGAGAUCAGACCUGGAUGCGAUCUUCCGGUUAAGAAACGAAGGAAGAUUUGCCGAUCUCUAGGAUCUCAUCUAGCUUCCGGCGCCAGGAAUCUCAGCAGAGAACAAGGCAACAAGCUACUCGCGAGCAGGUUUCGAGGAGAUUGUCUCUACAUCUGCGAUUGGCCUGGAUGCAUCCACGUGGAAGAGAAACGAAGCUACAUGUUGUUCAGAGGCGUGUUCAAGGAUUUCAAAAGGUCUCGAGUGUGGCGAACGAUAAACGACGGUAAUAGGAGUAAGAUUUUAGGGUUGAAAUGUGCGUUUUGUUUGUGCGACGAGACUUGGGAUUUGCAUUCGUCGUUUUGCUUGAGAAGAGUUUAUGGGUUUCAUGAUGAUGGUGAACCAGUGGUUCGUGCUUAUGUCUGUGAAAAUGGACAUGUCUCUGGUGCUUGGACAACUUUGCCUCUCUACACUUGA